UUGUACCGCAUUCGCAGAUCAAAUCCCGUGUUCGUUUGUGCAGACGAUUGUGAAUCUAUGUCGUAAAGUUACCGAAAAUUUUGACGUGUGUGAUCCGGAGUCGUGGAGAAUUCUUCUCACUCAUGUUACCUCUUGUACGCGAUGAACUCCGUGCUCAUUCUGGUCGCCUUAGCGUUCCUAGCAGUCGUGUGCAUCAACUGGACGCUGAUGAGCCAAAGCACCGACAGUGUCGCGUUUUGUCCAGCUACUGGUCAAUGCAACUGCGACGGGGCAGAUUACAUGUCCCCGAAUCACCCAUGGAAACGCGACAGGAGCCUUCAGCUGAAGGACUCUCCAAAGAAGCUUUUGUGGUUUGUUCAGAUCAGUGACAUACAUAUCAGCGAGUACUAUGACGAGAACCGGAUCCGGAAUUUCGAGUCGUUUUGCGCGGAAACGAUUCCGGCAAUCAAACCAUCCGUCGUGAUUGCUUCCGGAGACUUGACUGACGCUAAGACGAAAGAUUACAUCGGUUCGCGACAAUCAUUGAAAGAAUGGGAAGCUUAUCAAGCCGCUGUAAAAGAUUCCGGAGUGUUAUCUCACACGGCUUGGUUGGAUCUCAGAGGAAAUCACGAUAACUUCAACGUCUUUGAUGUGCACAGUCCGGAAAAUCACUACCGAACGCAUUCGGUUCAAGGAGGAACGCAUUUGAGAAGUUAUAAACAUACAGUGAUGAAAGAUGGGGACAACUACACGUUCGUCGCUCUGGAUGCGUCUCCGUCGCCCGGCAUGAAAAAGCCAUUCAAUUUCAUCGGAAUGGUGUUGGAAAAAGAAUGGGAUGUUGCCAGGAAGUUGGAAGAAGAGGCUCGUUGCAGUAGCUUUUCUGUGUGGUUUGCCCAUUAUCCUACGUCGUCCAUUCUGGCGCCAAGUCCAGGGCUACGGUGGUUGAUACGAAGAUCGCUGGUGUUCCUUGCUGGUCAUUUCCACACGUUUGGAGGGAUGGUGCCCGUGAUGCACGCGAUUCACAGACCCCAUGGAAACCUGGAAUUGGAGUUGGGCGACUGGAAAGAAGGACGACGGUUUCGAUUGGCCGCCAUCGACAACGGUUUACUGUCACACGCGACGGUGCAUUUCGGGCAAUGGCCCAUCGUGUUGGUGACGAAUCCCAAAGACGCGAGAUACUUGCUGCCCUUGCACGAGCCCCUGGAUCUCAUGCGAACCUCGACUCACAUCAGAGUCUUGGUGUUCUCACUCGGAGAAGUGACAGAAGUUCGGUGCCGGAUUGACGGAGGCGCCUGGGAAAGGAUGAGCGCAAAUAGGAAUGAGCCGAAUCUCAAAUGGGAGCGGACCGUGAUGAUUUCGAGUUGA